AAAAACCCUUUUUUUUUUUUUCAAAACUAAACAUGACUGACAAAAGGGGUCCAACUGAAAAAGAACUUCAAAACCUUGCUAAAAAGGUUGACAAGCUCGUAAAGAAGACAGAAAAGUUAAAGAGCACCGGUGCCUCGAGUUCUGCCCCUUCAAGUAGUCAAGAAGCUACCUUGCAGCAACUUCGACAAAUGAUGAAAGACAUGGCCAUGUUGGAACAAUCUGAUCCAACCAUGGCUGGUAGAAAGAGUAUGACCGACCACAAGUUUUGGAAUACACAACCUGUUCCUAGUCACGACGAGCAUAUCACUGAAUCCGGUCCCAUCGAGCCAGAUAUUCCAUACGAUCAAAUCAGAAAGGAACCACUUCCUUUGCCCAAAGAAUUCGAGUGGUGUGAAGUGGAUAUGGCAGAUGAAAAGCAGCUCAAGGAGUUAUACGAACUGUUGUCGCUAAACUAUGUUGAAGACGACGAGGCUCAAUUUAGAUUUGAUUAUUCGGCUGAAUUCUUGAAAUGGGCGUUACAACCACCUAAUUGGAAACAGUCAUGGCUGGUUGGUGUGCGUGUUGCUGCAAAUAGGAAGCUUGUUGCCUUUAUCAGUGGCAUUCCUGUUGCGCUAAGAACAUAUGAGCAUGUACAUCAUUUGGUAGAGAUCAACUUUUUGUGUGUGCAUAAAAAACUUCGAUCAAAACGUUUGGCGCCUGUCUUGAUCAAGGAAGUUACGCGUAGGGUUCACUUGGAGAAUAUUUUCCAAGCUGUCUAUACUGCUGGUGCAGUUCUCCCUAAACCUGUGUCUACUUGCAGAUAUUACCACAGAUCGCUCAAUCCAAAGAAGCUAGUAGAAUGCAACUUUUCACGUAUCCCAGCUAGAUCUACACUCUCACGUAUGAUAAAGCAGUUCAAAUUACCCGAACAAACGAGUACUCCCAAUUUAAGGGAGAUGAGAGAAGAGGAUGUUUCUCAAGUACGCGAAUUGUUGAAUCAAUAUCUGAGUCGAUUUGAUUUUGCGCCUAUCUUCGAAACAGAUGAGGACGUCAAACACUGGAUUCUUCCUCAUGACAAGGUUGUCUGGAGCUAUGUCGUUCAAGAUCCUGAAACGAAAAAGAUCACAGACUGCUUCUCGUUCUAUUCCCUUCCAAGCAGUGUCAUUGGUAAUCCCAAGCACAACACAUUGAAUGCUGCCUACAUGUUUUACUAUGCUAUUGAUUUAUCUGCUCAUGAGGAUAAGGACAAGCAACACAAAUAUAUUAAAAAGAGACUAAAUGAACUUGCCCAUGAUGCUUUAAUCUUGGCCAAGAAGGCUGACUUUGAUGUUAUGAAUACACUCAAUUUAAUGGAUAACGCAUGCUUCGUUGACGAGCAAAAGUUUGGUAAAGGAGAUGGAUUCUUAAACUAUUAUCUGUACAACUGGAAAUGUCCUGAUGUUACUCAAAGCAAGGUUGGUCUUGUUAUGCUUUAAGAACUAAUAAAAUACCUCACUCAGAGAUUGUUGCAUAUAAACCAAAUAAUUGAGUUUCUACAUAUAUAAAGAGUACAAAGCUCGAAGUGUAAUUGAAAAAUAAAUGGCAAUUCUUGAAAAAUAAAUAGCGUCUAGCUAAAAAAUAAUUGGCG